AUGCAAAUGUACGAGCGGCUCGCCGACGCGCUGCUCGGACGCAAGGUGCGGCCCUUCGCCGGCGCGUACACGCCCGAAUUCGGCGCCGAAGGUCGCGUUCGCACCGACCAGUACACCUCCAAUUUUGCAACGUAUCACUGGGACUUGGCUGGGCUGCUGGCGCAGCAUGCCGGACCGGGCGGCUGGAUCCUGGAGGUUGGCUCGUUCAUUGGCAACAGCGCCAUCACAUUGGCGCGGGCGGCGCGCAAAACCAGCCGUGAGUCGCCGCCGGUGGUGGUUUGCAUGGACACUUGGCUUGGCGACGUGGCCAUGUGGGAGAAGAAGGGCCGCUUCCUGGGGUUUCCGGGUCCGAGCGGCCGACCCCGGCUGUACGACCAUUUCAUGGCCAACGUGAUCGCGGCCAACGUGAGUGGCCACGUGAUCCCGAUCCAGGUGCCGGCAUUCGAAGGCCUCAAAUACGUGGCGCGUCAGAUCCGCACCUUUGGCCUUUCGCCUCCGAGCGUCAUCUACCUGGACACCGCGCACGAGUACCCUUCCACCGAGCUCGAGAUGCAGGCAGCAUGGGAGCUGCUGCCGCCCGACGGCAUCCUGACGGGCGAUGACUACGAUAAAUUCUGGCCGGCGGUGCAGCAAUCUGUCAACGAAGAUCCAGCCCCCAGCUGA